GGUUACAACCGCCGUGCGUGAUUCACAAACCCCUAUUUGUUCCUACUACUUUGAGCGCCAUCUUGUUUGUAACUCUUCUACGUAAAAGUGGUAGAGUUCCUACCGAAGGGGGUAUCCGAUUACCCUUUUUUUUUCUUUCCUUCUUCUCCUUCUCCCUUUCCAACGUUAAGUCUGGAAACCUCUUCCCCGGGAAGGAAGCACAUUGCAUUUGCUUUGUGGCCUGUUUUUAAAAAAACAAUACGCCGACCGUUUUUUCUUCUUCUAACUGGACAGAAAUGAGCAUCGAAACGCUUUUGGAAGCGGCCAAGUUUUUGGAAUUGCAAGCCCAGCAACAACAGAAAGCACGUGAGGAUGAGCUGAAGGAAAAGCAGCGCCUGGAGCAUCUGGCGGAGCGGCGGCUCUGCGACGUGAACCGCGACGCCGCGUCGAUCCGCCUCAACAAUGUUUCUCGAGCGGAGGAGUGUCACCCGCCGCCCGUCCCCCCCUCUCUCCCCCCCCCCUCCAUCACCGUCGUCACCGUGGUCGCCCCCGGCGACACGCUCUCCCCUCCGGCCGCCGCCAUUCUGCCACGCCCUCCACAACCCAAACCGGACCACUCCCCGACCUCUGUGCCGACCGCCAACCACAAGCAGCUGAUGCAGAACCAGAACCAGCACCACCAGAACCAGCACCAGCAGCGGCUCAUCGUCCAGACUAACAAUACUAAACUCCAGACGCAGCUGCUUCAUCGCUACCCGGGCGCCAUCGUCUCGCCCCCCCAGCAGCUGGCCUUGCUCCCUCAGCCGGGCCCGGUGGUCCAGCAGGCUCCUCCUCCUCCUCCUCUGCAGAACGGGCCCAUCAGCCGGGGGAGUCCGCCCGACGACGGCCGCCAGCUCGACAGGAAGAGGCCUGGAGGGGCAGGCACAAGAGAAGUGCAUAACAAGCUUGAGAAAAACAGACGAGCUCACUUGAAGGAGUGCUUCGACGCGCUGAAGAAGAACAUCCCCAACAUCGACGAGAAGAAGACCUCCAACCUGAGCGUGCUGCGGAGCGCGCUGAGAUACAUCCAGACACUGAAGCGGAAAGAGAAGGAGUACGAGCACGACAUGGAGCGGCUGGCCCGAGAGAAGAUCGCCACGCAGCAGCGCCUGGCGGAGCUGAAGAGCGAGCUGAGCCAGUGGAUGGACGUGAUGGAGGUGGACCGCGUCCUCCGCCAGACGGUGCAGCCGGAGGAGGACCAGGCCUCCACCUCCACCGCCUCAGAAGGUGAAGACGUCCUGGACGACGACCUGGAGGACGAGAUUGCGCCGAGAGCGCCGCCCGCCUUACCGGCCGCCGCCGCGCCUCAACCGAUGAAACCCGAGCCGCACAAGCCGGCGACGCCCACUCAGACGCCCGCCGCUCCCUCCUCCAUCACGCAGCACAUCUCCAUCCAGCACGACGUCCACCCCCCGCCUCAGCUCCACCCGCCGCCGCUCGCCCCCGCCCCCGCGCAGAUGGUCGCCGCCUCCGGCCCGCACCCCACGGUCAUCGCCCACGCGUCGGUGUCCCACCCCUCGGUCAUCCAGGCGGUCAACCACGUGAUCCAGCAGGGAGGCGGAGCCAAACACAUCGCCCACCUGGCUCCGCCCGGCGCCGCCCACCAGCCCGUCGGCCGCGUCGCCGUGCACCCGGCGGCUCGCCCGGCUCAGCGGCUGCCCGCCCUCUACCCGCCGCCGACGGCGGUCGCCCAGUCGGCGGCGGUCGGUCACAUCGCGCACACGCUGAGCCACGCCCACCCUCGCAUGAACGGCGCCGCGACCGGCCAACCGGCCGCCGCCGCCGCCAAACAGAGGGCGGGGAGCGCCCAAAUGGUGACGCACCACCCGGUGACGCACCACCCGGUGACGCACCACCCGCAGCUCGUGGGCCAGACGGUGCUCAACCCCGUCACCAUGGUGACCGUGCCUUCCUUCCCCAUCGGCACGCUGAAGCUGGCGUGAGCGUAGGGGAGGACACGCCCCCUCGAUGGGGGGACAACCACAACGGGCCUCGGACCGGGACCAGGACCGGGCCUCAGACCCCCAGGGGGUCCGAGAGCUGCUGGACACCUGAUCCAGAUCACAGAGCGGUCAGAAACAUAAACAUGCAGCAGAACCUCUUUCAGAACCAGUCCACCAGGGUCCGUGUGUGUGUGUGUGUGUGUGUGUGUGUGUGUGUGUGUGUGUGUGUGUGUGUGUGU